CCUACAUUGCAAGGUUGCACCUAUGGUGUUGCCUUACAUUGCAAGGUUGCACCUAUGGGAGCACCCGGCGUUGCAAGGUUGCACCUUUGGACGCUUAUAUCAUUGCAAAGGGUGCAGCUGUGCAAGGCAUUGCAAGGGUGUAUCCAUAGCAGCGUACAGCAUUGCUAUGGGCGCACCUAUGGGCGUGCCUGGCGUUGCAAGCAUGCACGCGUGGGGCUGCAUGGCAUGGCGGUGGUGCUUGGCGUUGCAAGGGUGCUCCUAUAGCGUUGCAAGGAGGCGUGCGGCGUUGCAGGGGUGCAUUGCAGAGCGCCGUAGCCGCCUUUAGGGCUGUGCAAAGCCGGCAUUGCAGCGCUUGCAGCUCGGAGGGGCGCAUUGCAGUGCGGUGCAUUGCAGUGCGAGCAGCUACUGCUGCAGGGUGUGCAAUGCACGCUCCCUUUGGCCUCAAAUCCCAACUUUUAGCCCCAAAUCCCACUCUUUGCUCCCCUAAAAAGGUACUUGUGCAUACAAAACACGUUUUGACCACCAAAAUUACCGCUUUUCCACCCCGAAUCCCUCGUAAAGGCAACAUCCGCGCUGGGAUGAGACGCUCCAUUGAUCUGCACAGCCCACUCGUUCUCUGCUUCGUUAAUUAGCGCUGCUUGUUAAUUGCUUGCUGAUGGUUCAGCGCCUAUUACAACCUCGGAGCUCCCCGCUGUUUUUUUCUACCUAGCAACAAGUGACGCACAUUAACUGCGGAGCUCGGCCAUUGGCUGAGCAGCACGAUGGCCUCUUGUCACUGCGCUGGUGUUCCCCGCAGAUCUAUUCUGCCUAGCAACCGCUGACGCGCAAGGGUGCCCCGCGGGCUUGUUCUGCCUGGCAACCGCUGACGCGUGGAGCCGCGAGGCACGGCCAUUGGCUGAACUGCUGCCGGCAGCAGAGGAAUGGGGGCUGCGAGCGGUCGCGGGGCGCUGGUGGCAGCGCUGCUGGGGGCGGCCCUGGGGAGCGUCAGAGCCGAGCCAUCGCUGCACACCCUGUCCGAGGUUCUCUUCUGCCAGCCGGACACACCGACACGGGGGCUGUCAGUGGCCUUUGACUCAGAGCAGCUCUUCUCAUUCGACUUCCCCAAGUCGCAGUGGUUGCCGCAGCUCCCCGAUGCCCCCUCGUGGCCCGCAGGCAUCGAGCAGCCCGACGAGCUGAAUUUCGACACGUCGCUGUGCCUCGACCUGCUUCAUGUACUCAACCAGAUCGCCAGCGGGCAGAUGCCUGAAGCCGCGGGCAUCCCAGUGGCCGACAUCUUCCUUCAGCAGCCGCUGCAGCUGGGCUACCCCAACACUCUGGUCUGUAUGGUGGGCAAUGUUUUCCCCCCAGCCAUCACCAUCAGCUGGCAGCGGGACGGCAUCCCCAUCACCGAAGGCAUCACCCACCUCACCUACACCCCCGUUGAUGACCUGGGCUUCAUGCUUUUCUCCUACCUGGAGGUGACACCGCGCUCCGGUGACAUCUACUCCUGCAUUGUCACCCGUGAGAGGGACAACACCUCCGUGGUGGCGUACUGGGUGCCACAGAACCCCAUCCCUUCCGAUGUGUUGGCCAUGGCGGUGUGCGGCGCGGUGACGGCGUUGGGCAUCCUGCUGGCACUGCUGGGUUUGGGGCUGCUGCUGUCUGCCCGUCGGCGCAGUAACUGGGGAAAAUAGGGACGGGGGGGACACCCACCCCGUCCUCAUCGAUGUCCCCUAUAAGUUGAUCCCUCGACGACGUGGGAACGAUGACAGCAAUGUAAUUAAAACCCUUUGUUUGCA